GUAUUACUAUAAUAACAAUGAACCAGUUUAGAAAAGUCUUUGGACAAAUCAAGUGUGCAGUCGUUGGAAUGGUACACGUUGGAGCUUUACCAGGUACUCCAAAGUACAAUGGCAGUGUACAAGAAAUCAUCGAUAGAGCUUGCAAGGAAGCACAACUUUAUGCUAAAUACAAAAUUGAUGGUAUAAUGUUUGAAAAUAUGCAUGAUGUGCCAUAUCAGAAAUCAGAAAGCUUCACUCCAGAAACUGUCGCUACCAUGACAAAAGUUUGUUCAGAAGUUAAGAAAUGCUUGCCGACAAAUACCCCAUGUGGGGUACAGAUAUUAGCUUGUGGUAAUAAAGAAGCCCUAGCAGUAAGCCUUGUGUGUAAUUUAGAUUUUAUUCGUUGCGAAGGCUUUGUAUUCGGUCACAUAGGUGACGAAGGCUACACAGAUGCUUGUGCUGGCUCUCUUUUGCGAUACCGGAGACUUCUGCAAGCUGACCAUAUAAUGGUGUGGAGUGACAUAAAAAAGAAACACAGUGCCCACGCAAUAACUCAAGACGUGUCACUCGUAGAAACAGCAAAAGCUGCACAAUUCUUUUCAACCGAUGGAAUUAUUAUAACAGGAAACUCCACAGGUGAUCCUGCAGAUCACAAUUGUGUCCAAGAAAUAAAAAAACACUGUCAAGAGACUCCAGUUAUUGUAGGUUCUGGAGUAACAGAAGACAAUUUACAAAAAUAUUUUCCAAACUCAGAUGCUGUCAUUGUGGGGUCUCAUUUUAAGACCGGUGGAUAUUGGGGAAACGAUUUGUGUGAAGACAGAGUGCAAAAGUUCAUGGAUAAAGUGAAUUAUUUACGAAACAUGGAUAAAUAA